UCGUUCCAACACGGAAGCGUGGCUUUUGCACGAGCGACGUCAAAUGUCGCGGGCGAGACCUGCCGCUGACGUCACCGGGCUCUCCACGCUCAGCGUCACAAAGGACUACGGCGACGUGUUGCACUUCGGCGGCGGACGGGAAGCAGCCGCGGUGCUUUGUGGCCGCGCCUUUUCCGUAGCGUCGUGAGCAAGCGCGACGUCAUGGCUGAGCUGCAGGUGCUCGAAGCGGCCGAGCAGGCAGACCAUCACAACAACCACCACCACCACCAGCAACAGCAGCGAGAUGUCGUCCGCAGCUCAGUUCGCCUGGCGCCACCUCCACUCGGGCCGGCCGCCGCCGGCCGCUCGCCCCCCAAAGGCAGUUCGACUUCCGAGCCGGGCCCUCGCUGGGUGCGCCUCAACGUGGGCGGGACCUACUUCGUCACCACCAAGCAGACACUGUGCAGGGAGCCCAAAUCGUUCCUGUUCCGACUUUGCCAGGACCACCCGGACUUGGACUCCGACAAAGAUAGCACAGAAGCCUAUUUGAUUGACAGGGACCCCACCUACUUCGGGCCCGUCUUGAACUAUCUCCGUCAUGGAAAGCUCAUCAUGGACAAGAACCUCGCCGAGGAAGGUGUCCUGGAAGAGGCGGAGUUUUACAACAUCGCCUCCCUGGUGCGUCUGGUGAAGGAGCGCAUACGGGACAAUGAGAACCGCACGUCACAGGGCCCUGUGAAACACGUCUACCGUGUCCUGCAGUGCCAGGAGGAAGAGCUCACUCAGAUGGUCUCCACCAUGUCGGACGGGUGGAAGUUUGAACAGCUGAUCAGCAUCGGCUCGUCGUACAAUUACGGCAACGAGGACCAGGCGGAGUUUCUGUGCGUAGUGUCGCGGGAGCUCAACAACGCGGCCAACGGCGUCGUCAUGGAACCCAGCCAGAAGGCCAAGAUCCUGCAGGAACGAGGCUCUCGCAUGUGAGAAUUUCAUCAGGACUCCGCCCCCAACAGCCCUACGGUCUCCUCCUUUGUUCAUCCGUCCGUCUGAUUUGGAUCUGUUGACCAAGGUGCCCCCCCCCCCCCACAUCGGACGCUUCCGACGUGACAAAGGAAGACGUCGGUUCUUCUCUACAUCCCCACAGGAAGUGACACAUGGUUGACAUCCUGGCUCCGCCUCUUCAUUUCCCAUCCCUGUCACACAUGCCCUUUGACCUUUUUGGCAUAUCUUCCCACGUCACCCUUCGCCAUCAUGGGAGUGAUGAAGCAGGGUGACCACAAAGUCGUUUGUCCACUUGGGCCUAUCACAUCCAGGCCUCGACUUCGUAAAACUUCACCUCUGCGCUUUGGGAUGAAAACGACGGGACAGCAACUUUUCUUGAUCGACGCGUCACUUUGAUGCGAUUUGUCUACAUUUGUAAAAAUGAGCCGCAAAUGACAUUUGAUGAAGCGAGUCGCUCCUCCGACGUGUAAAGAUAGCUUAGCAUGCUAUCUUUGCUAACGAGCGGCGACGACGCGUGACAAAACUUUGCAUGUGAGCAUUUGUCAGUCACGGUUUAUCCUGCUAACGCCGCGACGUGCGAUCGGGAUGCUAAGCAUGUUAGCAUGUGUCCGAUCCGUUAGCUUUUUACUGGCCACCCGAUGAUGAGCGGACAGAUAGCUGGGAAGACGGAAAAACAUUUAUGACAUUACAGACAGUAUAUAAUGUAAAUACAUAUCACGUAUUUGUGGGUUUUUUCGUGUCAUUUAGUUAAUAACGGUGAAGAUACAAAUGUUUCUAAUUGAACGCCAACAACCAAUUCGGAUGCUCGUGUCAGUCAAAUGAAUCCAUUUUCCAAAUGAAAUUCAGUGGGGCUCCGGUCUUUAGCAUUAUUGAUCAAAUGAGAUUAAUCUGACUUCUAAACCUUUACAGUCGUCGUAUAUCCAUGGGAAGUCCUCUAUAAUGUAUGUAUUGAAGUUGAUUUGGAGUCGUCCACGUGUCAAAAGUCAAAUGUGUUGUUUGUGUGCCAGAACGAUAAGAGAUUGGGUUGCGGUGUUACUUCUUGUACAUUUUGUCUACGAGUCUUUUUUUUUGUUGUUGUCGAGCAACCCUUCUAACUUCGACUUUCUCACCAUAAACGUUGUCUUUUCAAA